UUUUAUGUACUUUUUGUCUUCGCUUGAAUUGAAUUGAAUUUACGAAUUCCGAUUCCGAAUCACUUGUGUGUUGAAUUAGAUUGUUGCAUCGUAUUUGUUGAAGGAAAAUGUUUUAUUUAUUCCAAAGAGUUGUUAUUUAUAAAAAUUAUAAUAAAUAGUUACAAAGUGCAAUUAUGAAAUAGUAAUUUUCAUAUUAUCAUAAUAUGGGAAACGAAGCUUCCAAUCUCAGUGGUUUAGAGGUUUACGAGAAGGCUUGUGAUUGUACUGAUUUCUGGUCUCACUAUCAAGCCAGUGUUAAAGAUAGUUGUAGAUAUUUUAGUGUAAAUGGAAAUGGUUUAAUUUCUGUCUUUAAAGGAGAAAUCGGGUCUCUAGGACCUUUGUGGACUGUGUCAACACCAUUAGAAAAAUUUUGUAAUAAUAUAUUGAAAUAUCGGCAUCCAUUUAUUGUUCGGUAUAUAUCAUCCUGGCUACAAAGAUCUACAUUUCAUUUGGCAACUGAAUAUGUUCAGCCUCUGGCACACAAGUUAACAUCCCAGACUCCAUUGCAAAAGUGUAUAGGUCUGAAUAACAUCUUGCAAGCAUUAGUAUUUUUACAUGAACAUGGUCAAGUGUCUCAUAACAAUGUAUGUAUAUCAUCAAUAUAUAUAUGUGGUGAUGAUCAAUGGAAGCUAGGUGGCUUACAAUAUUUAUGCAGCUUCUCAGAAUUAACAUCUACAUAUCUUAAGCAAGCAAGAUUACACAGGUAUGAUAAAGCAAUAGAUCCAAAUGAAGAGUCAAGUGAAUAUACCGCAACAAUAGACCAGUAUGCCUUUGCAGUUUUGGUUGAUGAAGUUCUAAAUGGAUGCAAAGAUGAUGACAUUCCUCAUUUAAAGGAUUUUAAAACAUAUUGUAGAGAGUGUCUACAAAAUUCUGAGAGUACAAAAAGGCCUAAGCUCUCCGCUGUUUUGCAGCAUAACUUUUUUAACCAUGAGUUUAUAUUGUUACAUAAGUUUUUAAGUUUUCUUGCUCUUAAGACGGAAGAUGAAAAAGGAGAGUUCUUUUCUAAUAUUUUGGACCAUCUUAAAUGUUAUGAUGAAGAAACAGUGGCUAAGCAAUUCGGAGGAUUGUUGUUAUCAAGACUAGUUUUGCUGGACCAUACUGCCAGGGUUAAUGUCAUACCAUAUAUUCUUAAGCCUAGAAACGAUAGACAAAAAAAUUGUGAGCAAAAUGGCUUUUUUAGCCUGAGUAUUUUUAAAGAUCACCUGAAACCAAGAUUACUUCAGUUGUUUUCAGUUAGAGAUAGUCAAAUUAGAAUGAUUUUAUUGACACACUUUUCAAAGUAUGUGAAUGUAUUUUCUCAUGAGGAACUCUCGCAACAAAUUUUACCAGAGCUCUUACUUGGCAUCAAAGAUAUUGAUGACAAUCUUGUGUCGUCUACACUGCAGUGUUUGAGUGAACUGGUACCAAUAUUAGGCGCUGAAACUGUUAUUGGUGGUAAGAGAUCUAGAAUUUUUACUGAUGGAAGGCCUAACUCAAAUUCAGUUGUUAAAAAGGAAGGUAAUCAUGUGAAUUAUAAUGGUUGUAAUAAUUUGAAUGAGUUCAGUUGUUCAGAGAAUGUAUACAAAAAUGUUAUCAAUCAAACAAUAUAUGAUGCAGCACUCUCUCUGAAUGAAAGACCUUCUCCUGUUGGUGGUGAGUCUAUUGAUGUUGAGAAUAUCUCAAUACUAGAAAAUAGCAAAAAAACAGGGGAAGCAGAAAAUUGGGAUGAGUGGGACAAUGACAGUCGAGAAACUACUUCGGAAGUAUUUAAUGAAUUUAAAAUGAAUGAAAACUUUAUUGAUAUCCCUUUAACUAAUAACGAAAAGGCAAUCGACACCUGUAGUUACCAGUAUGAAAAAUCGAAAACACAUUUACUGCAACGGGCAGCAAUUGAAGCUAAAAAGAAUAUUAUUGAUAUCUCGGAGUUGGAUAUAAAAAAUACAAAAGAACAAAUGAAAAAAAAUGUAGACGACGUUGAUUAUUUUGCUGACAUGACUCCUGUGAUUGAGAAACAAAACAUUAUUGUUUUGAGUGAUAACAACAUCAGUAGUAAAUUUAAUUUUGUACCAAGCAUUGAAAAUGAUGACAACGAGGGUUGGGGCGAAACUUGGAAUGAUUGAUAGAAAUAAUACAAAAGUCACAUUGCAUGGUUAAGAAUUAUAUUAUAAUAAGUAUAGGAUGUAAAUAAUAUUGAUAUUUAUUAUGUAAUAAAUCAUAAAUUAUGUACCCACA